AUGUACCGCAGUGACAGCAGUGACACCUCGGAUGCAGUUUCUCUUUCUUCUCUCUCACACACCGACGAUGACGAAGAAGAAAGAAAUCAAAACAGUGAUGAUGACGAUGAAAACAGUUAUUUUGAAGAAGAAGACGAUGACGAAGAAGACGAUCUCACUUGGACAAAGAAACGAAAGUUGGAAGAUUUACUUGAUCCAAUCUUUCCACAAAUCAAAUUCGUCAAACCAUCUCAUAAUGUGUUAGAAAAUUUGUCAGAUGAUGUAUUCACACAUGAUCUUUGUUCCUUCCUCUCAUUACAUGAUUACAUAAAUCUUAGAGCUGUCUGCCAUCGAUUUAACAACAUCAUCAUGAACGUGUACAUUCAAGACAAGUGCACAAUAUUUAUUAAGCAACCUCGUAAUUUCAGCACAACCUUUUCGAUCACUUCUGCCUCUUCUGCCUUUGUAAACAAAUUACCAGAGUUUCAUGUGAAAGAGUAUUAUUGUAAUUUAAAAGAUGUCAAACAUUUAUAUUGUGCCAGCUUACACGAAAUCCAUAAUUUGAAACACGUACCUUUCACCAUAUUGACCAGUCUCUAUCUGAUCAAAUGUAAUGUUGACGUGUUAGUGAUGGAUGUAUUAAGCCGUGCUCAUUUUCCACACUUGAACACCUUGUGUCUGAAUAACAACUAUGUUCGAGAUGAAUGUAUGAGUUUAAUCACUUCGAAUGCCUAUCCAAGUCUACAAGUACUCGCAUUAGUAGGGAAUUACAUCACUGAUUGUGGUGUUGAUGAAUUUGUGAAGAGUGAUAUGGCCUCUCAACUCACUUGUUUGGUAUUAGAUGAAAAUGCAAUCACUAGAAAAGGUUUCCUUCUAUUACUCUCCUCAUUGCCGCAAGUGAAAGUAUUGUCAGUUGCUGAUAAUGAAAUUGAAUAUCAUGAAAAGUACAAUUCAACAAUUGGCAGCCAAUUGACCUUGUUGAACAUUUCAGGAAAUGACAUGACAUGGAGUAAUUCCAAAAUUGUGAACAAAACCAAAAACCAAAUGUCACACCAUCGACAAGGUUUCCUCAACAAGAAGAUCUACUCAUUGACGAAAAUUGAAUACUUUUUCGUAUGGAGUCAUCAACGUCUCAAAGCUCAUUUAUCUUUCUCAAACGAAGUGAAAUACCACUAUGCCAAGUUAUUAGAGACCAAAUAUCCAAAACCGGACAAAAACAAUCAACAUGAGUAUUAUCCAUGUGAGGUGAAUCACUACCGAAAAGAAAUUAAGAAACUGUAUCGUCAAGUUGCUCACAACUCUGAACGUAAAGCACAUUACCGAUUAGGUAUGAUUUAUUUGGCUGAAAAACAGAUCCGAAAAGCAGUUCAACAUUUCGAACAGACUGGUUUAAGUUUUGACAUGGCAAACUAUGAAUUGGGUCAAAUUUACUUUAAAGGUUACAAAGAGGUCCCUCAAGAUUACGACAAGGCCUUAAAGUACUUUGAGCGUUGUGAUGACAUGUAUCUUUGGUUUGAAAAAGGAACAAUUUAUUAUGCCCAAUCUCGAUACAAAUUAGCUUUUGAUUGCUUGAACGCGUUGAUUUCAGAAUAUGAGGAGAAUGAACUCGAAGAAGAAUAUGGUUCUGAUGCCGCCUUUCAAGUCAAACAAAUGUUGGGAGAAAUGUUCUAUCAUGGCCUUGGAUGUUCCCGAGAUCGUCGCAAGGCUCUACACUAUUUGAAAGAUCUUUCUCACGAACCUUCCAAUCAGUACUUGUGUGCGAAAAUUUAUGAAUACUUGGCAUUAAGGGAUUUGAAUUUAAACGAGAAUCAAUCAGAAGAAAUAGUGGACUCAUCCUCUGAUACCUUCUCGAAACAAGAAUAUCUUCAAAUGGCUUUUCAAUUAUUGCAACAACUUUCUGAGAAAGAGAAUUUUCCCAAAGCUCUCCAUCGACUCGGCAAGUGGUAUGCGAAGACAAGAAUGAUUCAUCCAGAACUAUUCAAUAUGAUGGCCAUUCUGAAGCAUGAAGAUCAAGAGGAUACCUCCUAUUCCUUGAAACCAUCGUCAUCAUCCCUGACCUCAUUCGAACAAACAGCUAUUUACUAUUACAAAAAAAGUAGUGCUUGUUCGUAUGAGAAGGCAACAGCCUCACUCGGGCUUCUCUAUCACUCACUGGGUCUGCUGUCGGAAGCGAGAGAGACUCUUUCUCAAUUACGCCCUUCCUUUACAGAAUGUUCCAAUGCUUGGUAUGUGUUGGGUCAAUUACUACUCGAAGAAGAAGAGCAGCAUCGGUCAUCACUUCAAGAAGAACUUCAUUCAACCAACCAAUAUCUGUAUGAUCAAUAUUUGGAAUGCUUUACACGUGCAGCCUCGUUAGGUCAUUUGGCAUCCAUGAAAAUGUGUGGAGAUAUACUCUUACGAAGAGGGGAAAAUCGAUCAGUUGAUAAAAACUCCAGCUUCCAAACCAUAACAUCACGAACCAAUCAAAGGAAAGGGGCUGAAUGGUAUGAACUAUUCCUAUCCUCUCAACCAACACCAUCACAGGAAAAUACCUUGUCAGAAGGAGUAUCAUCUGCCAUGGACUUAUCAUCAGCUGCAUCCUCAGAAACAACGAGUACCAUGAGUACCAUAGACGUUCAUAUUGACAUCAUGUUCACACUUGCAAAAUACUACCAACAAGUUCAGAACAUUAACAAUGCAAUGAAAUGGUACAAGAAAUGCAUUGGAAAACAUCCAGACGCUCACAAGGAAUAUGCGACUCUCUAUUUUGCAAACCAAUAUAAGCAGAAUAAUCAAGUCAACUCUGAGAAUGAAGAGUGUCUGGAGUGGUUGCGCAUCGCUUCUCAAGACGCACGAUAUCCUGAAGCCACAUAUUAUUACGCACUGCAGCGUUUUCCAGAACAUCCUCAGGAAUGUUUAGAAUUGUUAACACUUUCCAAAUCUCGAGGUUUUGAAGUCCCUCAAUACAAGUUUGGUUUAACCUAUUUAGAAUUGAAUCAGCAUGAGUUGGCCAAACCGUAUUGUACUAUCAGAGAUGACUGUGCCUUAAUCGUCAGAGAAGAAUUUGCAACAGCCAUGUUGAAGCACAAAUUGUAUGAACAUUCGAUUAAGGUUGUUCAAUCCCUUUCUGCUUCAGACCCAUACUAUAUGGCCAUACUGGUACGUUUGUAUGCGGAAGGUCUAGGAGUGGAGCAUGACGAAAACAGGGUAUUCGAGCUUCUCGGUACAGGCUUUAUCAAUAAUACUCAUGACUACUAUGCAACAAGUCACUUUUUGGAAGAUUUACCAUGCUUGAGCAAACCCAUUUCAACAGAAAUGAGUUUACUCUUUUCAGAAUGUAGUACAUUCUCACAGGAGUUCUCAUUUUACCACAAUGUGGGUGUAAUGUACUUGAAGCAUGAUAUGCUGGGGACUGGAUUGCAAUACUUUUCGCAAGACUCUGCUUCAUCUUUCCCUAGUAGGUUGAUGGUGAUUCUUUUGAACGGAAAUCCCUCAUACGCAACAGAGGUCGUACUAGAACGAUAUCAGCUUAUAACAACGUUGAUUCGAAUUUGGCAGCCAAUUUCACACAAACUCCCUGCUGCUUUCUGGCAGUUUCUGCAGGUUGCACCUAAGCUUAAACGUAAUACAUUUGAGAUUGCCAAGUUCUUUUGUAAAAACCAGUUUCAUGAAGAAGCUCAAUAUUGGUUAUGCAAAGUCAACGAGCAUGAUACGGAUCUGUUUGAACUUGCCUUACUUUGGGGAAAUUAUGAUCCACAACGAGAGUUAGAGCUUUACAAGAAAUCCAAAAGUUAUGAUGCUCUAUUCAACGUAGCAACCAUUUAUUGGGCUGGCAAUUCGUCGAUACCUCAAAAUCUUGACCUUUCUAAAGUUUAUUAUGAAAAGGCCUUGGCAAAAGCCGGUGAUUGUGACGAUGAACAAAAGGCAAAAUAUGAAUGCUAUUACAAUCUCGGAGCUCUGAAUUAUAGCACUGGCCAUUACGAGAGAUCGUUGCAUUAUCUACAACAGGCAUAUAGCAUUGAUGCAUGCCCAUCAUGUGCUCUGUACAUGGCACUAGUGUAUGCAGACACUGGACUCACAUUGAUUGCCACUACUUUACUGGAUUCAAAGAUUGGAGUGAGAGUGACUGACGACAAAAUUGACAAACAUGAGCUUGCUGCUCUUUACUUCAGGUUAAAUCGAGAAAAAGAAGCCGCUUUGGUGUUGGAACAAAUUGGAGACGAACAUUCAAGCAAAAGAUUGAAAGAGAUCAAAUGUAAUACGUUCAUACCAAUGCUGUUCCAGAAAUAA